CAGUGCAGUAGGGAAUGCAGCCCAACAGUGCAGUAAUGGCUGACGACGGGGCAGGACGGUUAUGUUGCUGAUACUAGGUCUUGAUACCAGUACAAAGGUUAUCGUGCAUAGGAACAUAGCAAAGAAAACCGUGAGAAGCACUGUGAAACCAUCAUAAUGUCAAAGAGCAAAAGUUCGGAGUCGGUGAAGGUGGUGGUGCGCUGCCGACCGAUGAAUGAAAAAGAGAAGGCGGCAAACUUUGAGAGGGUGGUGUCAGUGGAUGUGAAGCUGGGGCAGGUGGCCGUGAGGAACCCCAAGGGUUCAGCCCACGAGCACCCGAAGGUAUUCACAUUCGACUCAGUCUACGACUGGAACUCCAAACAGGUAGAGCUCUACGAUGAAACCUUCAGGCCGCUGGUGGACUCUGUGCUUCUGGGGUUCAAUGGCACUAUUUUCGCAUAUGGCCAGACAGGCACCGGAAAGACCUACACCAUGGAAGGUGUGCGCAACGAUCCGGAGCGGAGGGGAGUAAUUCCCAACUCCUUUGAGCACAUAUUCACGCACAUAUCACGUUCCCAGAACCAGCAGUACCUGGUGAGAGCCUCAUACCUGGAGAUCUACCAGGAGGAGAUCAGAGACCUGCUGUCCAAGGAUCAGACCAGGCGGCUGGAACUAAAGGAGAGGCCCGACACAGGCGUUUAUGUGAAGGACCUGUCCUCCUUUGUCACCAAGAGUGUCAAGGAGAUCGAGCAUGUCAUGAACGUGGGGAACCAAAACCGGUCAGUCGGAGCCACCAACAUGAAUGAGCACAGCUCCCGCUCCCACGCCAUCUUCGUCAUUACUAUCGAGUGCAGCGAGCUGGGCCUGGAUGGGGAGAACCACAUCCGGGUCGGCAAGCUUAACCUGGUGGACCUGGCGGGUAGCGAGAGACAGACGAAGACUGGUGCCCAGGGGGACCGACUGAAGGAGGCCACCAAGAUUAACCUCUCCCUCUCAGCUCUGGGCAAUGUCAUCUCGGCGCUAGUCGAUGGUAAGAGCACCCACAUCCCCUACCGUGACUCUAAGCUCACCCGACUCCUACAGGACUCCUUAGGUGGUAAUGCCAGGACUGUCAUGGUGGCCAACAUAGGCCCGGCGUCUUACAAUGUAGAGGAGACCUUAACGACACUGCGGUACUCCAAUCGCGCCAAGAACAUCAAGAACAAACCCCGUAUCAACGAGGAUCCCAAAGACGCGCUCCUGCGGGAAUUCCAGGAGGAGAUCGCCCGCCUGAAGGAGCAGCUGGAGAAACGCUCGGGGAAGAGGAGGAGGAGGAAGAGGAGGAGGCGGAGGCCAGGGGAAGGUGGCGACGACCUGGAGGACGGAGAUGAAGAGGAUGAUGAGGAGGACGAUGAUGUGGAUGGAGCAGCGGAGGGAGACGAGAAGGACGAGUCUGACUACUGGCGGGAGCAGCAGGAGAAGCUUGAGAAGGAGAGGAAGGCCAUCAUGGAGGAUCACAGCCUGGUAGCAGAGGAGAAGCUGAAACUGCUGAGAGAGAAGGAGAAGAAGAUGGAUGACCUUAAGAGGGAGCGGGAAGCAGGGGAGAUGCUGGCUGCUAAAGUCAAGGCCAUGGAGAGCAAGCUGCUCGUUGGGGGGAAAAAUAUUGUCGAUCACACCAAUGAGCAACAGAAGAUACUGGAGCAGAAACGACAAGAAAUUGCUGAACAGAAACGCAGGGAGCGAGAGAUGCAGCAGCAAAUGGAUUCACGGGAUGAGGAGACACUGGAGUUAAAGGAGACCUAUAGCUCCCUACAGCAGGAAGUGGACAUCAAGACCAAAAAGCUGAAAAAGCUAUUUGCUAAGCUGCAGGCUGUGAAGGCAGAGAUCCACGAUGUCCAGGAGGAUCACAUCAAGGAGCGGCAGGAGCUGGAGCAGACGCAGAAUGAGCUGACCCGGGAACUGAAGCUCAAGCACCUUAUCAUUGAGAACUUCAUUCCCAUGGAGGAGAAAAACAAAAUCGGAAACCGGGCAUACUUCGAUGAGGAGGAUGACCACUGGAAGCUGCGGCCCAUCACCCGCAUUGAGGAUAACCAGCAGAUGAUGACUCGGCCUGUGUCUGCUGUAGGCUACAAGCGGCCCCUGAGCCAGCAUGCCCGUAACACCAUGAUGAUGCGGCCAGAUGUGAGAUACAGGGCUGAGAAUAUCCUGUUGCUGGAGCUGGACCUGCCCACGAGGACUACCAAGGAGUAUGAGGAGCCUGUUAUAGCACCGAAGGUGGCCGCUGCGCUGGAGGACGCCCUGCGGGACGAGGACGAGAUCCAGGUGGACGCCUCUAACUUCCACAGCAGCCUCCCCACCCCACCAGGCGCCAGUCUGAGUGCCACCAAAAAGCCAAAGUCCAGCAGCCGGCCGAAGACAGGAAAAAAGGUGAGCACCCCAACCUCCGCAACGAGUCCCUCCAGCUCAGGACACCCCCUCUACCCACAAUCCCGUGGGCUCGUCCCCAAGUGACCCGAUGGCGCUUUGCUUUCUUCGGGUCCCUCUUUGGACUUAGUCAUGGGUGGCUGAAUGCCUGGGUGGGUGACUGGGUGGGUGGGGAGGGGAGUGGGGGUUUGGCACUGCUGGACAGAGAGGGAGGAGUCAAAGUGGUACGACCUCUCUCAGUUAAGACACCGUGUAGUUAAUUCUCCCAAUGCAAAUGGAACCACCUCUUUCUCUGUGUCAUCCUCUCAUCUAUUGUAUGUAAUUUAUUUUACCCUCCUCAUACACAAGGUUCAAAGGACCACAUUGUAUACAUGUAGAGCAUUGAAUAUGAUUGUAUUACAAUGCAAAGAAAAAAAUCCAACUUUCCAUUCCUAAUGUCUCAUACUGGAGAUGGAGGCCUUGUGAAAUCUACAGCACAGCAAUUCACAUGUCACCUACCCAUCAGCACUUUUUUGCCCCUAUCCCACUGUUGCCACAGGUUGUGUUGUUGUUUGCGUAGAAAAGAAAAUGGUCUCAUUCCGAGCAGAGCUAUAGCUCUGUUGAAUUGUGUAUCUCCUCCCUCACUUGUGUUUUCCUAGAAUGCUGAAGGAAGUUUCUCCCCCUGAGGAACGAAGGGGCAGUGUUCAGAAUAGCAGUGAUUAGCUAAGUGAGACAGCAUGGCUAUAGGCACUUUCCACUUUGACACGUCAGCUGCGCACAUACGUGUGGACGUGUGGCUGUGCAUGCUUGAUUUUUUUAUGGCAUAUCUAAAGAAUAUUUUCCCUCAGGGGUUUAUAGAGCACUCUCAUCAGGAAAUUCAUUAAACUCUUUCGCACCCCUUUUUUUAAAGGCAAGUGGAUGUAUAUUGAGCUAUUUGUCAGUUACAACCCACUAUUUUCAAGUCUGUAGAAUGAACUGAAGUUUAUUAUGUAUGUUUUUUGUAUGUGUUGUGUUGUGCCUCCUAGAGCUAUGGAUUCAAGAUGGCUAAAGUACCUAUGAAGGAAAUGUGGGGCAAAAUAACACAAACGCAUCAAGCUGAUGCAUCAAGUAACUGAAAAUAACACAUAAUAACAUAAUAGUGCACCUGACCACUCAGUUGAGGUGACAAGACAUAAAAAAGAAGAAUCCAUUUUAGUGAUGUGAUCCAGCACUCCUCACGUCUAUUGACUGACUAGUAUGUCUGUUUUAGCUGUCCCUCGACACCAGAACAGAAUUGUUUUAAAAGUCAUCCAUUUCCUUCUAUUUUCUUCAGCCUUUACUAGUACACACUGUCACUGCUGCAGUUUUCUGAAUACUGCCUCCACGCUCUUCUCUUACCCUAUAGGGUAGUGCCACUGCUUGCUGCUAUUGUAUGGUAAUAUUCUCCAAGUAACAUAACUCUAUAGAUGUAUAUAAGAUAAUACGGAUAGAUAAUCCUGCAUUCAUUU